AUAUUACGGGGGACGGGAUUUUGGUUGUACUGCAGUAAGAUUUGGACUGGAGGAUGAAGAAAAGGUUUUGUUUACGGCGUGAAAUGCAGGUCAUGGGGAGCCGUGCAGCCCCUGCUCUGCACGCACGGCGCUCUGCUGCCUGCACGGCCGUCCGAGCUGCACCGCGGCAGCCCCGCGCCUCGCCGUUACCCCGCAGCUCGUGAGAACCGAAGGCGAUGUAAAGGAGCCAUUUGUCUGCAGAAAGCCUUACAGCUUUUAGCACCUAUAUUAAAGAAACCCGUGCCUUUUCAGGGCCUCUUUCCUAAUGCUCGCUGUAAAACUGCCGUACUUCCCAGCAAUGUAAUUUGUUCUUCCAUACAGAUUCGUUACAUGUUAUCAACGUGCAGUGCUGCUGGGUUAGAUUUAUAUACGAAACAUCUCUAAAACCUAAAAACCUUGAAACAAAACAGCAAACCAAGUUACUGACAUCAAAUGCCAGGAGACUCAAUCUGCAAAUCAGACAUGCUGCAGAAGAGGGACUGCAGGCAUUCUGAGCUCUGUUGAAGCACUGCUCACAGUGCGGCUGCAGUGCUGCUGGAGCCCCAUUCCAGGCCAGGCCCGCAGCUGAGCGUGGCACAAAGCAGCCCAGAAGAACCACGACAGCUGCGUGACAGCAACUCUGCAGGGAGGAGCGGGGAGCACUGAGUGCUUACAGAGCAGCCAACUGCAGGGUUUUCACCAAAAUGAUGGUGUGAUGAUCGUUACAGAAGCAAGAAGCAGCUCCAGUUAAAAGAAUGGACAAAGAUGCAGAAGCCUUGCAGGCAGCCAGAGCAGAACUGAGCGAGGCCCGGCGGCAGUGGCACCACAUGCAGAGCGAGAUUGAGUCCCUGCACGCUGUGGAAAAGGGUUUGGAGCGCUCGCUGCGUGCCACAGAGCAGCAGUACCACGUGCAGCUGCAGAACUUAGAGGCGGAGAUUGAAUGCUUGGAGAAAGACCUGCAGGAAGUGAGGAGAGGCAUCGAGAAACAGCUGCGAGAGCACGAAAUCCUCCUGAACACGAGGAUGAAACUGGAGGAGGAGAUAGCAACGUACCGCAGCCUGCUGGAGCAAGAAGAGAACAGGUACCGCUGCUCCACACCCGAGCAGAAGGGCAGGAAGCCCAACCUCACCUCGGCCGCCCUCCCGCUGCCUGCAGAUGGUGUAAAGAAGCACGAAACUGAGAAGAUGGAGUUGAUGACAAAACAAGCAGUCCUAGAAGGAAAUAUUAUGAAGCAAAGUGCUGAAGCUCAAGGCAUUAUAAAGACAGAAAAAGUGGACGAAGUCAUCAAGCAGUGGGAAGGCUCUUUCUUCAAGGACAACCCGCGCUUAAGGAAGAAAUCGGUUUCGCUGCGCUUUGACCUGCACCUGGCAGCGGCCGAGGAAGGACGCAAACCCAGCCAGCAGAAAGCCCUGCCAGCCAUCGAGGUCAGGCUGGUGAUGAGGCGCUCGUGCAGCAUUCCCUCCAUCAAACCGUAGCGCUCAGCACAGCAGGCCAGGACCUCCUGCCGCUGCUACGGAACCGCAGCUGCACACAGCAGGACGUACGUGUCUCCUCAGCACCAGGGAGAAGAGCAGGAGUCAGAUCCCGGGCAGCCUGACUGCUACCACUUUUAUACUCUGGGUACAGACCAUAAUUCUCUCAUUACUGUUGUUUUGUAGUACUUCUCCAAACCUUAAAAGAAUUAAACUGUAACUUUAUACUUCGGCAAGAGAACUCUGGGAGUGAGAACCACGUAUUUCCUUCUCUUCUUCAAUACUGCAUAUGCAUAUUGGCUGAUGAACCCUUGCAAUGGUUUCUAUCAUAAUUGUCAUACUUGAUAUAUAUUUUAAAACACUUUCUAAUAGGAAAAAAAAAAGUGACAUGCAACAAUGCUUUUAAAACACAUAAGGUAAGAAGCAACAAUUUUCUUUUAAAAGUGAAUAGUAUUUUUAAGUAUUUUUAGGCAGCAACUGAGCAAAAAUGUCUCUCCCCUAUAACCAUAGACACAUUUCUCAGCAGUGCCAUUACAAACAAACAACACUGAGCUGGAUGGUUCUGCUGCUUUUGAAGCAGGGAUUCCCACUGAAAAUCAGUCACUCUCUUAGCUGUCCAUGUGCAUCUGCAAAACGACUCCCAGCCAUACUGAGAAUCAUAUCCUCUAACUGUUUAAUUUAAGGAGUCAAGCAUCCAUUUUUAAUACCGAUAUUUAAUUCAUUUUGUGAGUAGUUGCAAUGUGAAUUUAAAUACCUUCAACAGAUUCCUCUUCUGACAAAUGCUGUAGGUAAAACAGGCCCCUGAUCCAGCACACAGCAGACCUGAGCUGCCAGGUCACAGGCACUAUGGCUUCAGUGGGACGGAGAAAAUAAGGGCUGCGUGUGCUGAGUCAGACCCUGCCACGCACAUUUAGUGCCCCUGGAGGCACCACGUAGAGCGAUGGGCACAUACAAAGUAGAGCUGGCGGUCCUGCAUCUGUACACGGACAGAAACCAGGAACGGAACCCCAACGUGCUUUGUGAGACCAUGGGACAAACUUCAAACAAACAGAAACAGAGUAAGGACGUUUGUUUACAAGGACUUAAAGAGGUGACUCUUAAAAUCAGAAACUCCUGCUGGGAUCACUGGAACUAUGGGAGCUCAAAACGAGAGAACACAGACACAAUCUGCGGGAUCCAAAGCAGCAGGAAAGAAUUGACUGCAGCUCCAGUGAGUGCCAUAUGACUUAAGGCAUGUGUUACAGGAUUGGUACCACAAAGUCCCCCACCGUUCAGUUAUGCUUCUGUCUUUUAUCAACAGCAAGAACGCAGUGUUUACAUCGCCUACGGUUCUCUAUCUACUGUAUAAAGCUGGCUAAUUAUCAUUAACCCUAAAACUGAUCUGGUGGUGUUAAUACCUGAGUAGUUGGCAUCCUGAAUGUAACAGCCUCUCCUGGCAUUUUCACUAUGCAGCUUUUUUUUGUGCUAUACUCUGUAUUUUACAAUACUUGAAUUUAAACUAAGUUUUAAUUGCUUUAAGGCACUUUAAACAGGGAUACAAACUUACCAAAGUAAAUAGCAGUACAACAAUAAAAAUAAUAAAAUGGAGUUUGCCCAUGCUGCUUUGUGAGCUUCAGUGUGUCUGUCUUGAGAGGGUCUGGGUGGCAGAGAACACAAACUAAAGCUGUAGGUAAGAAAAUCUGCAGCACUGCAGCCGAGCACUUUGCAAAGCUCUCUGCAGUAUAACUCCAACUCCCCGAGGACCUCUACCAACACGUGGAAGGUGUGUGCUCCUACUAGAAUAUCUGCUGCUAAUUCCAGCCAACCUGACGAGAUCUCUGCACGAGUGCCAUCCCAGGAGUAGACGAUGGCAUCUGGCUUACAAAGCGAUGAUCUAAAAGAUAAGCUGGCUGGCGAAGGUAAAGAGCAAGUAAACAUGUAACAGAAACUUUGUUGAACACAUAACACCUUACAGCUCCUCUCACACAGGCAGAGCUUGCACAGGCACAUCGCCGUUACCAUAUACACGGAAGGCCCCUGCAGCUCCACAGUAACCAAAAAUGGAUAACCUUACUCACAGACACAUUUUUUCUUUGGCCAGUGAGCACCCGGCUCAUUCUUGCACCCCCAGUACUCAGUAAUUGCGGUUUCUCUUCCUCAGCCUAACUCCAAAUGUCCUCCCUUGUGACACAAACCUCAGCAGCAACAGAACAGAGCACAGACCUGGCCUUAAUCUUGCAGUACUAUCUAAACAUUAUUUUAGAAUAUUGAUAUUAUUCUGCAUCUACAUUAGUCACUCUCAUUUGGGAAGCUUAAACAAACCAGAAAAAAUGUUGCCCUUAAUUGUGCACAUUACAUCAUUCACACACCUGACCUCGCUGUUUCUGAAGCCAUCUCAGUACAGCAGCAGCACAAACACAUCCUGAGCUAUCCUGCAGUGAGAGCUGUAUUCCAUCCACACGGCUGUAACACUCAGCUCAACAGCUCCUAAAACACACAGCUUCUGAAUGAAGUUGGAAACCAGCCGUACUAACUCUGCUGUACUGUUUUAUGACCAUGAAACCUGAGGCUAAAAGAAAAAAACACUGCAGCACACAGCAAUAGCUGGGUUUGUUACCGCAGCCCUGCAGGCAGCCCACCCUUCUCUGUUCAAAGGGCUUCUUCUCCAUAUGGGACUGCCUGACACAGGAUUCCUCAGCCAUAUCAAGAACUGCUGCUACUCUCAAACUGAUUCAAAUAUGCACACUGGUUUUUACUGCAUUUUCUCCCCCUACUCCCAUAAGUGAGUAUCUUUUAAGUUACCUACAAAAUUGCUCUGUUCAAAUUUGAAGAGCUCUGUUUGCUCAUAAACUACCCAAACCUCCACAGGUGUCAGUGUGAACCACAGGAAGGUGUGCAUGGGCACAAGAAGAGCUCACAGCAACAUCACACCUGAGCACACAUCAGUACCAGGCUGAUUUCAAACCGACAGCGCUGCGGAUGGACCUCACUGCUGGGCUGAGCACCACAGCUCCUUACAUGCAAACACCUGAUAGAAAAAUUAGCUUCCUUGUCUCUAAUGAAUAUAUGUCCUCGUUAUAAACCUUACAAAACUGUUGCUAAUUAAACCAGUUGGAUAAGAAGCCAAACAUUUGGCUCAUCUCUUCAUGUGUCCAUGUAAGCAUGCUUAUUUAAGAACAAAAACAAAACAGGCCAGGCUGCAGGCACCAAGAAGGACUGCAGCACCUCGGCAUUACAGCCAGUUUGUUCUUCUCUCCUUCUAUCAUCUUUCGGGGUUACAUAGGCAUCGUUUAUUUGUGUUUAAAAAACCCUAUUUCUGGUGUCUUUCCAAGGGCAAUCACAGUUUGCUUCUCCUCGCGCACCAGGCCCACCACAGCCAUCCACUACAGGCACAAGGAUCUUUAUUUUUCAGCCACAGGACAGUUUUCCAGUCCCCAAUCUUUAUUUCACCUGCAGCCUCUCUCACUGACAGCUCCGCAGUGUAACCGAUCCCUGCGGCGCACACGGUGCCGCGCCUCCGCCUCGGGGAGCUUUGCAGCACCGCCGUCAUUCGGCCCUUCUGCUGCCCGGCCUGACUUCACGCCUCGCACAGCCGCCAUUCUGUCACCACGUCGGGCAGAGCUUUUCUAGGCGGCCGACAGUUCCCCGAACAGCCCGGGCAGCUCCGCAGCCCUUAUUUCGCCCCGUUAUGGGU